GAUGGGACCUUGGAGAGCAUGUCUUGGAAAAAUUGGAAGGCCCGAAGCGAUAAAACUUUACAAAGUGAAAUUAAUGAGACCUGAUGGAAGUGUUAUUUUUGCUCGGACUGCAGAACCCCGAGUUCUUAUUCAACUCCCAAUUGAUCUGCGAACCGCUGAUGAAUAUGAAAGAAGAAUUCGUAUUGCUGAACGAAGGCCGAUGGUCAAACGUGAAUUUGAGGAUCUUGGCGAAGAUACUUUUAGUCAUCAAAAAUAUACUACACAAUGGAAGCGAAAAAUGCAGGCUGAUGAUAUUGUUUGGAAUCAAUUAAAUAAUGGACAUUGUUCUUUUAAGAUAGUUACAAAGUCGAAGAAGUUUUGUCGGAACGAGUACAACCUUACUGGAAUUUGUAAUAAAGCUUCUUGUCCUUUGGCUAAUAGUCAAUAUGCUACUGUUAGGGAAGAGAAAGGUGUUUGCUAUUUAUAUAUGAAGGUAAUUGAACGAAGUCAUUUCCCUGCUCGUUUAUGGGAAAAAGUCAAAUUAAAUAGAAAUAUGGUCAAAGCUGUUGAACAAAUAAAUGUUAAUUUAUUACAUUGGAGUGAUUAUAUUAGACAAAAGUGUAAAGCUAGGGUUAUCAGAAUUCAUCAAUAUUUGGCAAGGAUGAGGAAAAUGAAAUUAAGAGGAAGGCAGCCAAAGAUUAUUCCAAUUCAGAGAAAGAUUGAACGGAGAGAAAAGCGAAGAGAAGAAAAGGCUUUAAUUGCUGCAAAACUUGACAAUGCUAUAGAAAGGGAAUUACUUGAAAGAUUAAAGAAAGGAAAUUAUGGGGAAAUGUAUAAAUUUAGUCAAAAGGCAAUUGACAAAACUGUUGACAGAAUGAGAGAAGAUGAAGAGGAGGACGAGGAAGAAGUUGAAUAUGAAAUGGAGCAAGAAGAUCAACGCCAAUUUGUUGAAGAUUUUGAAGAAUCUGAAGAGGAGGAGGAACAGGAUAUUGAAGAUAUUUAA